AAAUCUGUGGAAAUAUGAUGGAAGCUAUAGCAGGUGGAAUCGAUACGGCAUCAAAUUCUCUCUGCUUUGUGAUUCAUUACAUAUCUCAUUAUCCAAAAGUUAGAGAACGGUUGGUAGACGAGAUCAAUCGAGUCUUGGGAAAAGAUCCGAACCACAAAAUUACUUAUGAAGAAGCAGAGAACCUUGAAUAUUGUGAAGCCAUAAUUAAAGAAUGUUUUCGAAUAUUCUCUACUGUUCCCAUUAUGUUUAAAAAAAACACCAAUCCUGAUAUAAUUGGCGGUAUAAAAUUUCCUGCAAACACUCAAUUCUUUAUUAAUUUACAAGGAGUUCAUAAUCAUAAAUCCACAUGGACGAAUCCGGAAGAGUUUAAUCCAGAAAGGUUUAUGGAUAAGAGCAACCCGGAAAGUAAAAAACCUCUUUACUCUUUCAGUUUGGGGAAAAGAAUUUGCCCUGGAAAAAAUUUGGCAUUAUUGGAGUUAAAAACUUUCGUGGCUUUAUUGUACAGAAAAUACGACGUCGAGCUAACGGAUAUGAACGCGCCAAUAAAGUAUCGUAUGACUGCUCUUAGAAAUUGCAGUGAACUAAAAAUGCGAAUUAAGAAAAAGAAAGAUUG